AUGCCAGAGGCGUCGGCUUCGGCCAGUCCCCCUCAGCCUGAUGCGGCGGCUGCCACGGCUGCUGCCCCGACCGAUGCGACGACGGCCGCUGCACUCGAUGUGACGGCGCAGGCUACGCAGUCUCAGACCCCUACGCCCGCCGAUCAGCUGCAGCCUUCGUCCGACACCCUCACCCAGCAAGGAUCAUCCGACAACCUUGCCCAGCAGGCAUCGUCCGACCAGCUCGCGCAUCAGCCCUCGGCUGAGCUGCAGGCGUCGGCUGAUCAGCUCGCGCAGCCCGCCGAUCUCCACCAGGCUCAGCAGGCGGCUGAGCAGCUUCAGGCUCAGCAGUCGGCCGAUCAGUUGCAGCAGGCUCAGCAGACUGCCGACCAGCUGCACCAGCAGCCUACCGACCAGCUUCAGGCGACCGACCAGUUGCACCAGCAGUCAACCGACCAACUGCACCAGCCUGCCGACCUUCACCAGGCCCAGUCUGCGGACCAGCUUCACCAGGGUCAGCCUGCCGACUUGCAUCAGGCUCAGACCGACCAGCAGCACCAGGCCCAGACCGCCGAUCAGCUGCACCAGGCGCAAGCGGACCAGCUUCACCAGGUCUGGGACCCCAACUCGGCCCAGUACCAGCACUACUACACUGGCCAGUACACCGGCGCGGACUACAACGUUAAUGGCGUGAUGCCGUUGCCGGCUGAUCACACGGCUUACGUGCCUGGCGCCGAUGACUACAACGGUGUGGCUGCCACAUUAUCCAACUGGGCUGAGGCGAGCGCUGCGGCUGAGCAGAACGGUGGACUUCAGUCGCUGGUUCCGCAGGCCACUAACGGUAACGGCCUGAACCUCGCGGACCCGAACGUUGGCAACGGCGAGGUUCCCGGUGUCCCUGUCGAGAAGCCAAAGAAGCUCGUCCUUGCCUGUCAUUUCUGUCGUGGGCGCAAGCUCAAGUGCGACGGCGGCCGUCCGACGUGCGGCCACUGCGCCAAGCGCUCUCUCACUUGCACGUAUGACGAGCAGGUCCGACGACGUGGACCAGGCAAGCGCUCAAAGGAGAUGCGUGAGCGUGCCGCGCGUGAGGCCGAGGCAGCCGGUCUGGGUCUGCACCCUGAAUCUCUGGCGCACCUCACUGGUGCGGCCGACCUCAACGCCGCCGCCCUCGGUGAGCCGCCAAAGAAGCCGGGACGCAAGCGCAAGUCUGAGGCGACCGACGAGAGCGACAAGAAGCCGCGCAUGGACGAGGACGUCGUUGCCGCUGCUGCUGCGGCCGCUGCCAACUUUACGCACGAGCAUGUCCCCCACUCGCUCGAGCACAGUCUGACGGACGGCUCGCUCAUUGAUCCGGCGCUCACCGGCGAGGCGCUUGACCUUCCGCCUCUUGAACCCGGCACGCUCGGCCAGGUCAUCCAGCAGCUCCACAACGGCGGUGCUCAGCAACAAUAG